GGGCAAAAAAGUAUCUAGCAACACAAGUCAUUCAAGCACCGCCGCGCAUGCCCAGUUCAUUGCUAAGGAAGAAAGGGGAAAAUGUCUCUGGCGAGCUUUUUACCGGCCCCGACCCAGCUGUCUCAGGACCAGCUGGAGUCAGAAGAGAGGCUCCGGGCCCAAACGUCCUACUCGACCGCCCUGGUUUCGUCCCGCAGGGAGCCCCCUCCUUAUGGACACAGAAAAGCCUGGGUGCCUCGCUCGCUUGAGGACUUUGGAGAUGGAGGUGCUUUUCCAGAGAUCCACGUGGCCCAGUUUCCUCUGGAGAUGGGUAGGAAGAAGAAGACAUCCAAUGCCCUGGCGGUGCAGGUGGAUGCAGAAGGAAAGAUCAAAUAUGACGCCAUCGCCCGACAGGGACAGGGCAAGGAUAAGGUGAUCUUCAGUAAGUACACAGACCUUCUUCCAAAGGAAGUUCUGAAUGAAGACACGCCAGAACUACAGAAGCCUGAUGAGGAGGCUGUAAAAGAGCUGACAGAGAAGACCCGCAGUGCCCUGGACAAGGCGGUGUCUCAAAAGAUUGCUGCUGCCAUGCCUGUAAGAGCUGCAGACAAACAAGCUCCUGCACAGUACAUCAGAUACACCCCGUCCCAGCAGGGAGUGGCUUUUAACUCCGGGGCCAAACAGAGGGUGAUCCGCAUGGUGGAAAUGCAGAAAGAUCCGAUGGAACCUCCACGUUUCAAGAUCAACAAGAAGAUUCCUCGAGGACCACCUUCUCCCCCAGCCCCUGUCAUGCAUUCCCCAAGCAGAAAGAUGACAGUCAAGGAGCAGCAGGAGUGGAAGAUUCCUCCAUGCAUCUCCAACUGGAAAAACGCUAAGGGCUACACCAUUCCUCUUGACAAACGUCUGGCUGCUGAUGGUAGGGGGCUCCAAACCGUUCACAUCAAUGAAAACUUUGCCAAGCUGGCUGAGGCGCUUUACAUUGCUGACCGAAAGGCCAGAGAGGCAGUGGAGAUGAGAGCCCAGGUUGAGAAGAAGAUGGCCCAGAAGGAGAAGGAAAAGAAGGAGGAGAAACUGAGGGAACUGGCCCAAAUGGCUCGAGACCGCAGGGCAGGGAUCAAAAGUCACGGGGACAAAGCAGGUGGCGAGGACACUGAGGUCAGGGAGCGUGACGAGAUCCGCCAUGACAGAAGGAAAGAGAGACAGCACGACAGGAACAUUUCCAGGGCUGCUCCUGAUAAGAGGUCGAAGCUGCAGAGAGAUCAGGACAGGGACAUCAGCGAGCUCAUCGCUCUGGGCGUGCCCAACCCUCGUUCUGCCAGUGAGGCCCAGUACGACCAGCGACUCUUCAAUCAGAGCAAGGGUAUGGAUAGUGGUUUUGCCGGUGGUGAGGAUGAGACGUACAACGUGUACGACCAGCCGUUCCGCGGCAGCAGAGACAUGGCUUCAAACAUCUACCGGCCCAGCAAGAAUAUAGAGAAGGACGCCUACACAGAUGACUUCGACACACUCAUGCACAACAACAGGUUUGUUCCAGACAAAGAGUUCUCAGGUGCCGACCACGGGCAGAGGCGGGAAGGUCCAGUCCAGUUUGAGGAGGAUCCCUUCGGACUGGACAAGUUCUUGGAGGAGGCCAAGCAGCACGGCGGCUCCAAGAGGCCGUCCACCAGCGGCCGCUCAAAGGACGACUACCACGACAAGAAACGCAGGAAGGAGUGAGAGCAGCGGGGCACAGACUCGACGUAGGGCAGCCGCUAGCUUGUUCCAGGAUGGGGAGGUAGUCUUUACCCUCUCAAAGGCUGAGAGGUGUUUUAAUAUACUCAAGUCUCUGUCAGGAAUGAUCUGUCAGGUUUGCUUUUAGUUUGAGAGAAGGUGAUAGAUGUCUUUUUUCCUCCUUUUUUAUUUGCUGUUUCCUCGACUCAGCACAGGCGGUGCUAAACAGCUAGCUGUUGUAUGUGUGAGAUCAGCCUCUGCAUCUGAAAAACGUCUGUUAUUUCUAAGUCAUUUCAAAUGUGGACAGUGAUAAUUCGGCUCUGGAAAUGUGUAGAUUUCAUUUUUUUUGUUUUUUUUUAAACAUAUAUACAGAGUAAACCCAACAGAAACUCAGCAGGACCUGUUCAUAUUUACCUUUUUCUCAUUUCUUCCCACAUCCCUCCGUUUGAGUUUUUGUCAACUGUGUUUAUUUAAAGCCCCGGUGUAUUUUUGAGCACAGUUAAAGCUCUUAUUUGAUGGCAGAUAUGUACAGCAAUAUAAGCCUAUCUGUAAGAUGUGAAGCAAACCAGGUCAUAAUUAUUGUACUAUACAGCCAAUGGAAUAAAUUUCAUAUAAUUGUGUGUAAUUUGGAAA